GCAUCUUCACUUUUGUCCUUUUUCAUACCUGCACCCUACACGUACGAACUCAGGUGUUGUUGCAGGUGUGCUUCUCUAGACCGACAAAUGAGUGCAUCUAUACUGAGAUCUCAGAUCUCCAAAGUGGCAAAGCUGCCUGCGAAUGCUAUUUCCUUACAGGACCUGGUGCUGAUGGGCCAGCAUCGCACCGAGGAGUCCCUUUACAAAGCAAACAAAUGGAUAGUGGGGGAGCUUCCCAUAAGACUGGCACACCGGAUCGAAGAGCUGGACAAUUUGCCAAAUGGGCUAAACGAGAUGCAUUCCAUAAACAAAGUCAAGCAGUGGUAUAUGCAAUCGUUUGACGAUUUGACAACCAUUCAGAGUACAGAGUCCACUGAUCCGAGAUUAAAGGAAAAAUCCAGCUAUAACAGACAAGUCACCGAAUCCUUGAAACAAAUCAAGAAGAGACACGAUCCGACGGUGGCAACAGUGGCACAGGGUGUCAUCGAGUGGAAGCAUUCCACCAAACGUGAUAUCAUUGACCAUUCGAUACAGUCAUUUUUGGAUAGAUUUUACAUGUCUCGGAUUGGUAUACGCAUGUUGAUCGGGCAGAACAUUGCGAUAAAUGAUGAGCCCGCAAGGGAUAACUGGGUUGGUGUCAUUUGUACAAGAACAAACGUCAAGGACUUUGCGCGUGAUGCCAUUGACAAUGCGCGUUUCAUAUGUGAAGAGUACUAUGGGAUCUUCGAGGCUCCAGAAGUCGAGUUGUACUGCCCUGAUGACUUGACGUUCACCUAUAUUCCGGGUCAUCUAAUGCAUAUGCUGUUUGAAGUGCUGAAGAACUCGCUACGUGCCACUGUGGACACCCAGCUGAAGCGUAACAGGGAAUCCGCCAACCCUAUCGAAGACAUAUCCGAUAUCAAAUUCCCGCCUGUGAAGUUGAUCGUGGCAGACGGAUCUGAAGAUAUAACCAUCAAGAUCAGCGAUGAAGGCGGUGGUAUCAAGAGAAGUGUUGUCCCCCUUGUAUGGACAUACCUCUACACCACCAUGGAGGAAACCCCGGAUUUGGACCCCACCUAUAACAAAACCGAUUUCAGAGCCCCAAUGGCUGGCUUCGGAUACGGCCUGGCUCUCAGCAGACUCUACGCCAGAUAUUUCGGUGGUGACUUAAAGUUGAUCUCCAUGGAAGGCUACGGAACUGAUGUUUAUUUGCAUUUGAACAGGUUAAGCACGUAUGAAACGCUCCAGUGAAACACCAUUGGUUCCUCCCUGUGCUUAUCGUAUAUAUACGCAAAAGGUUAUGUAAGGCCGAUUGUUAAUAUUUAU